UCUGGCAGCCCCGAUGCCUCGCCUCGAAGCGAUUCACCGGCCGGCGGACGGCGCGGCGACGGGCGAACUAUUCACUCGUAUUCGUUCGUCGACCGAAGCGACACGGGGGACUCGGACAAAGAGUAAAGCGUCGCGUUUGGCUGUCGCGUCGUUUAAGCGUGGCGAUUGAAUUAUAAUAAUAAUUUUAAAUAAAGUUCGUGGACUUGUUUACGUAUUUAUUAAAUAAAUAUCAACAAAAAAAUAAUUGUGCUUGUGACUUUACCCUGUAAUAGCGGUGAACGUGAUUUUUGUAAUACUUUAAGGCUCGUACUUAGUGAUUAACAACCAGGAUCUGUGAGUGUAGUUGUGGAAGCAGGUGUUACAUUCCAGGGGCGUUAAGGACGCAGCCUCCGCUUCAAAUAGACAGGUGAAUUUGUCACUAUCAUCCUCUUUCGAUAUCGAGAUGGCGGCUAGAUUAUGAGGUCCGCUAACAAACGACAUUUAGAUGAAGCAAAGCCGACGAUCUGAGGAAUGCUAAUUCAUAAGCGUUAUAAAUCUAGCUGAGAUGCCGCGGUGGAGUGCGCUGAUCCGGCAUGGACAAACAUCGAUAUGGCUUUUCCUAUGCCUGGUUUAUCUGGUCAUCGCCACUCCCGGUCCAUGCGAAGUGGAAACGGGUCAAUCGAGUAUUAUAGUCGAUAUCGAAGAAAGCAGAGGAGAUCAAGUUAACCAAAGCACGGUGCCAGCAAUCUUGCCAGUAGUGGGGGAGCCCGAUGUGGAUGUGGUAUUAUCGACAGUGUUCCCUAAGGGGCCAACGCUGUUUCAGCUCGAUGGAAAACGCUUACAACUGCUCCAGCCCCUCGAUAGAGACGCUGACAACCUCUCACAUAUGGUCUUUCAGUUGGUGUGCCAAGUGAAAGCUACGAAGAAGCGUCGGACCAUACCUGUGAUAGUGAGAGUGUCGGAUAUCAAUGAUAAUGCGCCCGUGUUUCAGGGGACACCGUAUGAAACUAGCGUCUCUGAGUUGGCUCCGAUUGGCACGACGAUAUUCGAAGGGAUUCGAGCAGUUGACAUCGACGCUGGAGUCAAUGGCUUGUCAGAAUACUUCAUAAUACAGGGAGAUAACCAGACAUUGGAUUCAAUGAACGCCGCUGACGGGUACAGCCAUUUCGCCAUUCCGAUACCUCAUGUUGGACACGUCACAGUUAACAAGAGUUUGGAUUACGAACGAACACAGAAGUAUCUAGUCACUAUUGUUGCUUCUGAUCGUGCCCGUGAUAACAAAAGACGGUUGUCAAGUACAACGACGCUAACAGUGAACGUUCAAGAUGAUGAUGAUCAAGAUCCUUCAUUCAUAUACAAAGGCUGCACCCUACACGAAGGAGCUUGUUUCAACCCCGAAUAUGCCAGUUACGUGAACAGCGGUAUGCUAGCAGGAAUACUCUCAUUAGAACCGGAAAAGAUUCAAGCCGUCGACAUGGACACAUUGAACGCGAGGAUACGUUACAGUAUCGAGAGCGGAGAACCAGAGUCCUGGCCGGAUUAUUUUACUAUCGACACAAACACCGGCGCUGUAAGGCAACUGGUGCCGGUCGAUACAAGUAUUGCGAAAAAGUUUCAAUUGGUCAUUAAGGCCGAAGAAGUAUCAGAAGCGAAACGUUAUACCACAGCCAAGCUGACCAUCACAGUGCGGCCGGUAGACGCUAGUCCACCAGUCGUGAAAGCUUCUUCAGAUUUAGGGGAAGUCGAGGAAAACUCACCGAAAGGAACUAAAGUCUUGGACUUAAACGGUCAGCCGAUUGAGCUAACUGUUUCCGAUCCUGAUCUGGGACCAGGAGAUCCAAUUCCGAACUACACGUUUGAACUGACAACUAAUUUCUUCGACAUCAAGGACGGAUAUUUGGUUGUUAGUGACGAGACGCUUGACAGGGAUCCACCGAAUCCAGGGAAAUAUAGAAUUCAGGUUGUAGCCCGCGAAGCGAACGGUGGAGCCGCCUCAGCUCCUUACACGAUCACCGUACAGUUGCUAGACCAGAACGAUAACGCACCAACCAUACCUAAAACCCAACCAAUAAUUGUACCGGCCACUUUAGAACCCACUGCAGUGCAUAAGGUCGAAGCUGUUGACAUCGACGAGGGUGAGAACGCACGUGUGACCUAUAAUUUAUAUCACGUGUCUAAUAAUGGUGGCAACAAAUUCACUAUAGACCCUAACACGGGAGUUAUAUCAAGCACGGGGCGUCUCCAAGCCGGCGAACAAUACAGCGUUACAGUUCGAGCCACCGACGCUAAGGGCCUCAGUUCGCAGGGCAUCGUCGAGUUAUCCGUGGCCCCCGGCCCUAACACGAGCCCGCCGCAGUUCUCAUCCAGGGACUACUACGCGCCCGUCUCAGAGGGCGCCGCCAUCAACUCGACCGUCACCACGGUCACUGCAAAAGAUCCUGAGAACGAGCCUGUAACAUACAGCAUAUUAUCUGGAAACGAUCUGCGACAGUUCGCAAUCGGCUCUAAUACUGGUGUCAUAACGGUCAUUAGGAGUCUCGAUCGAGAAGUUUUGACGAGAUAUCAAUUGGAGGUGAAAGCAGAAGAUCCAGGGAAAUUAGUGAGCACUGCGACCGUCAAUAUUAAAGUUACCGACAUAAACGAUAAUAAUCCGAAAUUUGAUGAGGAAUUCUAUACGUUUCAUGUUAAAGAAGGGAUGUCCGAUGAAUUCGUUGGGUACGUGCACGCGACGGACGCGGACGAAGGCGUCAACGCGAUCAUAAGCUACAGCAUCCCGAACAAUUUGCCUUUCAACAUCGACAACAACACCGGGAUGAUCAGCACCAAGACCAAACUCGACUAUGAGAAGACGAAGGAAUAUUCUUUCGUGGUAACAGCGACAGAUGGCGCUAUAGACAAACGUCUGGGAACAGCGUCGGUCGCUGUACAAGUACAAGACAUACCCGAUGAAGCGCCAAUAUUUCCUUUGCCGCUGUAUUCGGUUCAUGUACCGGAAAACGUGCCCAAUUACCCAGUCGUUAAAGUUCAGGCAGAAGAUCCCGAUACAUCUCCGGAGAUAACGUACACGAUAAUGAAAGGCGAUAUGGAUCUGUUUUCGAUCGACCGCAAGUCGGGUCUGGUAAGGACCCUGCAGGCCUUAGACAGAGAGACCUCGGCCCGACACGAACUAAUUGUUGGCACCGAAGAAAACACUGAAGAAGGACCGGGCGCGACCACAACUAUAGAGAUUGUCGUUGAUGACAAGAACGACAAUUCGCCCAUAUUCACGUCAGUGGUCCGGCCCGUCACUGUGGAGGACUCGUCGUCUAUAGGGAGUCUCGUGCAGACGGUCGUCGCCAGUGACGCAGACGCGACGUCACCGAACAACAGAGUCCGGUACAAACUAGUGGGUAGGGGUAAAGCCUCUAAAUACUUUCACGUCGAACCCGACACCGGUGCGUUGAGGGUUCGCGAUGAUCUGAAGAAGGAAACGGAUAGCGAGUAUACGGUGGACGUACAAGCUUACGACCAAGGCGAUCCGGUCAUGUCAUCGGUGACCAGUCUAACGGUGUACGUGAGCCAUUCGGCAACCGUUCCACCUGACGUCGGCUUAGGUUUCGCUGAUACAGUGUAUACUGAACACGUUGCCGAGAACUCGCCCAACGGUACCCUAGUUAGGGUGUUGCCAUUACUCAAUAAAAGGGAACAUUCCCCAGACACGCCUCUAAAAUGCUUACUCACAGAAUCUUCGCAAAAAGGAAUAUUCUACGUGAAGCUGACGGAAGACCGCGACUGCGCGAUAUACCUUAACACGAGUUCGCUAGACUACGAGACACUAUCGGAGUAUUCUCUGGAAGUGCAACUGGAGUCCAUACAGGGUCUGAUCAACCCCGACAGUAGUAGAGCGCUCGUCAAAGUUCACGUGACCGACGUCAAUGACAACCACCCCGUGUUUGUGUUCAACGAACAGUCCACUGUGGCCGCCGCGAAAGGGAAAUACUUCGCUAUUGUCAAUAAAGAGAUGCUUCUAGGCACCAACGUUCUUCAAGUAAAGGCGAAAGAUCGGGACAGCGGCGCUUACGGCAAGUUAGAAUACCACAAGAACUCGUGGACCGAAGCGGCCGAAGAGUACUUCGGUCUGGACGCGGACACGGGGAUCAUAAGCAAUAUAAAAUCGUUCGAGAACGUUCCAAAGGACAUUCUGCCGUUCAAGUUCAGCGUGACCGCGAGAGACAACCCUGAUUCGCCACAGGACUAUAAUAUAGCCAGAGCGUCGGUUGUGAUAAACUUAUUACAAAAAGAGAAUCAGCUGGUAUUGGAAAUAGCGGAUUUGAAUCCGGAUGCGAUGCGCCGCAGAGCCAGAAGUCUUCUAUCGAUCAUAGAAGAGAAGAGCGGUUUGGUCGCCGGCCUAGAAAAGCUAACGUCGAGACAUUAUCUAGGAGAGAAUGGUACAUUGGAGAGCGACAGCCGUGGGACCGACGUUUGGCUCUACCUAAUCGAACCUAGUACUGGCGAAAUAUUGACUAGAGAAUCUAUGCCUGUGCAGAAGGCCAUAGAGACUGGGGUCCACAAAGCGGUGGCUGCUCGGCUUCAGUCUCCAGUCAGUGAAGUCCGAGCUCCUUUAGUAGCGGCCGAAUUGCCGAAGAAGCCUCACAUAGCAGCCGCGCCGCUCGCCACCGCCCUACCCGCCGCCCUGAUAGGCCUGGCCGCCGUCGUACUGGUCGCCGCACUGGUCGCCACCAUCUACAUCUGCGCCUCAUGGAACAGGUAUAAGAAACACAAAGAGCAAGCGGUGCAACAGUACGGAACUCUGAGUAUGAGCAUGCCGCCACCUCGUCCCCCGUCUGGCUACGAGUCCAGUGAAGAUGACCCCGCACCGAGAUAUGAAACACAGGUACUCAAUAUGGCGGUCGAUGACGCGGAUCUGCAAUUAGACUUCAGUCCAAACAAUCACGCGUUCAAUAUACACAACGUUCAAUAUUUAUCCAAAGAUAAUGGCGAAAGAAGUCCAACGUUAUCGGAAACAGCGACGACAGCUCGAGCCUCGAGCGUCAAUGAAAACGGGGGUACUCUGAACAAACUCCACAACAGCCACUACGAUCCUAUCGCGAACAACGCGUCCAUUGCGCGCAACACACAGACGUUGAACCGAAGGAUGCCGAAUUCGCAAGCGUUGAACAACGCUCUCGGGACGUUGCCCCGUGCCAACAAUAACAAUGUCGGUGGUGGAUUAUUAGCCGCCACAUUAGGUAGGAAGAUCAACGGGAAUAAUCACAAGAAGAAAACUCAACCCAUAAUGGCGUACGACGAUAUACCCGGAAUGCAGAAAGCCUCUGACAACGACAACGUGACAUUUGGCAAAAGAAACUUCUCUGGGUACCCAUACGAUCAAUCGACUGUCGAAACUACGACAGAGUUAUAGUGAGAAGUCUGUGAAACAAUAAAAUAAUUAUAUGGAACAUUGUAAGAUGAAUAUCCGUCCAAUCAGUGGGUGAAGUGCUGUUUUAAUAUAAGCGAAAUCUUAAAGUAUUGCUCUACCAUAAUAUUCCUUCUAUUUUGUGAUCGUUUUAAAUGACUACUCUUAUUUUAUAAAUCUAAUUAAAUUAUCUUCUAAAAAUAAAUAUACAUUGUAUAAUCUUUUCAGUUAUAUAUGAUUUAUUUAUAUUUAUCUAUUUGUACUAUAGUUUAGGGGUACAAAAAUACUACAUUUUUGUGGUAGGGUAACGUUAAUUUCUUUCCGGUUGUUUGUUAUUAAUUUCGUAAAAUAUUUCACAUAAAAAAAAUUGUACAUAGGUUUUGUAAUAAGCGAACUGAGAGAUAUGACUU